AUGACGGGGCGGGUCGGCGAGGAGGCGAUGGUGAACUUGGCGAAGCAGGGGAGGUCCGGGCGCCGGGGAACCACAACGGCGGGGCAGAUCUUGGCAGAAAAGAGGUCAGGGACGGUGAGCUCGGGCAUCCAUGUUGUCCUCCUGACAGUGCGCAGGAACAACGGGGCAAGGGUCGCCGGGCAGCGGAUCUGGCGGAGAGAAAGGAAAUGGCAGGGCACGGCCUGGCCGGGCGGCGCGACGGCUCAGGCAGGGAAGGGCAGCUGCAACCUCAGCUACCCAACCAACGGGUCAACGCCUCUUCCUCAAAACCUAAACUACCCGACCCGAGACGACAAAAAAAGAAUCAGGAUCCCCCGUCCCCGCCUUGAUAAGCUCCACCAGUGCGCCGGCCUCCCCCUCCACCAACGCGCCACCGGGGCCUCCCCUCCCCCACCGCGCCGCCGCUGCCUCCCCCUCCCCCAGAACGCCGCCGCGGCCUCCCUCUCCACCAGGCACCGCCGUGUCCCCACCUUCUCCCUCAGCUCCAGCCGCCGCCCCACCCUCUCCCUUGGCUCCGGCCGCAGCCCCCCACCUUCUCCCUUGGCUCUGGCCGCCGCCCCCACCCUCUCCCUCUGCUCCGGCCGCCGCCCCCGCCUUCUCCCUUGGCUCCAGCCGCCGCCCCCCACCCUCUCCCUCGGCUCCGGCCGCCGCCCCCACCCUCUCCCUUGGCUCCGGCCGCCGCCCCGCACUCCAACCGUGGAUCGAGCCGACGCGGUUGCCCUGCACCAGAUCGCGUCGCCCAGAACCACCUGUCGCCACCACGUCCUCCCCGCGCUGCCCCUAUCUCUCCUUGCUCCGCCGCCAGCCGAGCACCUUGUCACCUCCAUUGCUGUUCAGCACUUCCUCCAGUUCCUCCGAUGGGGGCUGCGCUUAUCCACUCCUACUGCUGACCCAGCUCACUCCAAUCCCUCCACCACGCUACCUCCUCCCGCUGGCGAGCCUCCAUUGAUGCAGCACCCCGGCCGUUCACUAUCGCCACCCCGGGCCGUUCAACAAGACAUCAAGCACAUGUUUUCAGAAUCCAGCAGUGAAGCUGGUGCUCUGUCUUCCACUCUUCUGUUCAUCGUCUAGGCACCGUCCGACUACGAAGAUGGAGUCCUACUCCUACGCGAACGGGGCCAAAUUUGAUUGCUUGCUGUUUGGUACGUCAAUAACUGACGUCUCUUUCAUUGCACUGCUAUAUUUCGAUCAUGGAGUUCUCUGCCAGAACUUUCUUCUUGAACCCCUCGUCGAUUAUUUCUUGACAUGCGUCUUCAGACAUGGAUGAAACCCUCUACCCACUGAGCUUAGGGAUCAACAUAGCCUGCCGCAAGAACAUCCAAGGUAAGUACAUUAGUACAGUAAUAAACUUACACCAAUCCUCUGUUUUCAUGCUACAGAAUUCGUGUGCUCAUACUACUUGUAUCUACCUAAUCGCAUACUGUUAGCUAUGUAAAAACAUCUACUGUUGGCAGUUAGAAAGAAUAGUAGCAAGUCCAAGCUCUCUUUGAGUGGAGGUACAUAACCAAUUCAAAUGCUUGUUUUGGUUAUGUUUAAGGAAACUCAUAUUUUUUUAUCUUUGUCCACUGUUAGCUAUGUAAAAACAAUAGUGCAACGACUUGGUAGCAGUGAUAUUUUGGUCUGAUUAUAUAUCAACAACAGUGCAAUGACAGAAAAAACAUUAGUUCAAAAUAUAUAUGCAAGAUGUUUGGGAGCUCCACGCCGUCACCCGCCGGCGCACCUCUGCCUCUCCAUGGGCAGUGGAUCCUCCACCGCAGGUCAACCUCAUGGCAGCAGGCAGUUCGACGCUCUCUGUCGUGCUAUGUUCAACGCUCCCUUGAGCUCCACUAGAACUACUUUUCGGCCGCGUCUGCACCUCUGAAAAGGUACCAAUUCGAACACUGAAGCUGGUUCUUCAAGCGAUCAAACUGGAUAUCUGUAUGAUUCAGAAAGUGAUUGACAAAAAAAGUUACAAACAGAACAGUUGUUGAUCUAUGUUUCUAAACAUGAGUGAGAGAAAAACUCCUAUGUAGAAAGUUCAUAUGACUCUGGUUGUUUUCAGUAUAUGCUCUAGUGGUGAUCAUGCAUAUGCUGUUUGAUUUUGUCAUGGAAUAUAUGAGAGCUAGUAUCAGUUUUAGUACUUAUGUUACGGCGAUUCGUUGACAAAAAAGUAUAUUAGUUAAUCAGAUGUUCAAUCGUGCAAAAAGUUUAAGUUCAUGUUUUGGAAGUUUGUAUGUUCAAAGACAUAAACCUCAUAUGUUCAGGAAAGAGUUUAAUUUUGAA